UACGAGAAACAGCUGUCAGCUGUUUGCGGCAUGAGGUUACGUCGCCUCUGAUUACGAAAAGUCUUAAAAGUUAGUUUUAAACUAUUUUGAAUAAAAAAUAAAUCAGAAAUGUCGAACAGCCACUUGUUCCUGAAGUCCGGCUUUCCACGGGCUCCCCUGCAAAAUGGAUUGGGACGCUAUGUCUGCCAGCUGCAGAGGAUUACUCUGAAGUUCUGCAAGAAUAAUGGAUCCAGCAGAGGCAUGCGCGACUUCAUCGAGAACCACUUGGUAGACUUCGCCAAGGAGAAUCCCGGUAUUGUGGUCUACGUAAAGCCCAGACGCCAUCGCACACCAGUUUUGGUUGGGGAGUAUUUGAACGGCGAGCGGGAGUGGAUGAGCUGCAGGAACAGCACCCAAGAGGAGAUCUCAAAGUGGAUUGACCUGCUGAGGACCCAAAACGGCAGCUCCAGCUCGCUGCGUCUCCGCAAAAUGUGGCACACUGAUGUGCCUUCCAUCCAGGGCCCGUGGACACCAUUCUUGCUGCGCUCACCAGAAGCCCAGGGCCAGGUAUAUCCUAGCGAAGAUGCGUCCAAGCCGCUAGAGACACCACAAACCGCCACCGAGAAGCUCAUCGAACUAUUCCGGCAGCAGCAACUCGAAGGUGGCAAGGAAGCCCACGAAGUUCUUAACAAGAAGCGAGCUGAGUAGUAGAAAAUAAGCCAUUUUGGUAAUUGUUGCUUUUAUUUUAAUAAUUAAAAUCAUAAACACUGAAA